GUGUAGCCGUCGGCCCGAACCAAACCCCCGACUGCCGGGGCUUAUCCGCUCCUCCUCAGCUCAGCUCAGCUCGCUCCCCCGAACUGCCACGCCAUGGAGGCGGUCGCCGCCCUCGACGCCCGCGCCCUCUUCUCCCCUCCCACCGCCCUCCCCUCCUCCCCCUCCUCCCGCCUCCGCCUCGCCGCCCGUCCGCGCGCGCUCGCCGCCUCCCCCGCCUUCGUCGCCGCCACCCCCAAGCAGCGCUUCCUGACCCCCCACCCGGACCCCGCCGGUGGCCGCGGCACCAGGGAUGUCGUCGCGAUGGUUAUCCCGUUCCUGAGGGGAACAGCGUUUGAGCAGCCGCCGCCGGAUUUGGCCUCAUUCCUUUACAAGAACAGGAUCGUGUACCUGGGGAUGUGCCUCGUGCCGUCGGUGACGGAGCUCAUGCUCGCCGAGUUCCUCUACCUUCAGUACGAGGACGCGGAGAAGCCCAUCUACAUGUACAUCAACUCCACCGGCACUACCAAGAAUGGCGAGAAAUUGGGUUACGAGACGGAAGCUUUUGCUGUAUAUGAUGCUAUGAGGUAUGUCAAAAUUCCAAUUUUCACACUCUGUAUUGGCAAUGCAUGGGGAGAAGCUGCUUUACUCUUGGCUGCUGGUGCUAAAGGUAACCGUGCCGCACUUCCAUCAUCGACGAUAAUGAUGAAGCAGCCAAUUGGUCGAUUUCAAGGUCAGGCGACAGAUGUUGACAUAGCAAGAAAGGAAAUACGAAAUGUGAAGAUAGAAAUGGUUAAGCUGCUAUCAAGACACAUAGGCAAACCAAUGGAAGAGAUUGCUCGAGACAUUAGGCGGCCUAAAUACUUCAGCCCAAGUGAGGCAGUGGAUUACGGUAUCAUCGACAAGGUGCUGCACAAUGUGAAGAGCCAAACAGACGCCGGCCUCGUGUCGGAAGUCAAAAAAGAGUUAAUUUGACGAUGGGGCGUUACACGUAGGCAUAUUUUUGUAAGAUUUUUGGAUAGGCGAAUGCAGCGCAGAAGAUUUUAGGCUGGGGAAUUCUGGUACGGAAUUGCCGUUUUGAUUUCAUGGCUCAGUAAUGCUCUUGUUUCUAGGGUUGGGUCGGUGUGGAUCUGGUUCCUUGAGCUGUGAUUCAAGUGGUUUCUCUUUCAA